AUGGCCGAUCCUCCCACCAUUGCAUCCUCUCUGAUUCACGACUACGGCAACUCGGAUACCGUCCGCACUGGGAUUUUCGCCGCCUUCUCCGCCGUAGCCUGGUACAAUGCCAUCGAACUCAUCGUCCUCUGCUUCGUCUCUUUCAAACGCUGGAACGGCACCUACUUCUGGAGUCUCCUCAUCGCUUCCUCCUCCAUCGUCCCCCAUUGCCUGGGCUAUAUCCUUCUCUUCUUUCCGACCGGCGUCACCCCCUGGGUAUGCGUGACGCUCAUCCUCCUCAGCUGGGUGGGUAUGGUAACGGGCCAGUCGAUGGUGCUAUGGUCGCGACUGCAUCUGGUCCUUCAAAACACAAAGAUUCUAUACGGGGUGCGGUGGAUGAUCGGAAUCGAUGCUGUGCUGUUCCACGUCCCCACGGCCGUGGUCCUGUAUGGCUCUGUGGCGCAUCCGACCGGCGUCUGGGAGCGCGGAUAUCAAAUUAUGGAACGUAUCCAGCUCGUGGGGUUUUGUAUUCAGGAACUCGUGAUUUCCAGCAUUUACGUCUGGGAGACGAUCAAAUUGCUUCGACUACGACCCGAGGGUCGGCCGCAGGGGGUCUUGAAUCAGUUGCUUGUGAUCAACAUCGUGAUUUUGCUCCUUGAUAUUGCAAUCGUCGUCAUCGAGUACGUCGGCUUAUAUGCGGUUCAGGUCAUGGUCAAGCCGGUAGUGUACAGUGUCAAGUUGAAACUGGAGUACGCGAUCCUUGGCAAAUUGGUCACCGUUGCGCGGGGCGGCUGUGAUUCUCAGGAUCUGCCGUCAAGUGCGCGGGAGAUCAAUGAGGCCAUCUCUUUCCCGUCCGGGAAUGCCUCUCAUUUUGGGUCGAGACGGACGAGUCAUCGGCAAUAUAGUGCUCCUUGGUUUUGGGAUGAUCUAUCCUCACCACCUGCUGCUUCUACUUCUUCUGGGAUGCUCCAACCACCCUGA